AUGUUUCAAUUGAUAUCUAUCCUCGCGAUCUUCUUAGCUUUCAGCUCUUUCUUUAGUGAAGUUCAAGGAGGAAAGAGAAAGUCGAUGGAGCCGCCAGAUUUCUCACAUUGGAAUGAACAAAUAGUCAUCGGCUAUGCAAGAGUUCCCGAAGACCAAGCCGAGCGCAUCAAUAAAGACAAUAGGCUAUUUGUAGACGAAACCGCAAGAAGGGAAUUAGGAAUUGGCUUUGAUAUAGUGGAGUACCCUGGUUACGGAGUUAAAGAAGGGGAUUGGUAUUGUGCUGUCACAGCGAAUUCGAUGCAUUUGGGACGUAUCGACAAAGUCUACAUCCCUCAUUAUAACACAUAUCCUGGGCCUAUAAAAUAUUUAUGGGACCAAGGCGACGAAGUCAUCGUGGACUACAUCAAGGAAAAGGGAUUUGCGCAAGACCCUUUUACAGCGCUACGCAUCUCAUACAUAGGGACGGACGACUUGCAGAUGCAAAUGCUUAUCCCAGCGAUAGUGAUAGAGCAAGAUUAUUUGAUUUUAAGGGCUAAAUGCUUUGAUUCGGUAGACGAUCUAAAGACGUUUUCGCGUUUUAGCAUGAAUUGGCGCGAUGAAAUGGACGUUAAAGGAUGGUGA